GAUCGCUGGAUGUUGGCGCACAGUGAUUUUGGUCACUGAGUUUAGUUUUGUGGGUUUUUGCUGUGGUGUGGGGGUUUAUUUUUGGUGUUGUCUGUCGUCGUGGUCGUUAGUGAUUUCGGUCCGCGGGGAGAAUGAUUUGUCAAAUUGCCCUGAUGGCUCCUGCGUUCCUGUCGGUGUUGGUUGCGGUGCUGCUGGUAUCUGAAGUUGGGGCACAGGAAGGCAACAGCGAGGUGGCCCUACUGUGCAACCCGUCCUGCAAAAACGGAGGCCUCUGCAAGCAGGAGAAUAACGGCUCUUAUGCCUGCCAGUGUCCCGACGGGUUCAUGGACAAGGACUGUUCAAAUAGCUUCCUGGACGUGGUCUGUGGUGCGACCAAGGUGAACGCGAUGCUCCGGCAGGAGUUCCUGGAGCAGCACAACGUCCCGGCCACGUCCGUGGUGCUGGGUGGCUUGACCGACGAGGGCCAGAACAGCUCUUGUGUGGGGACCCUCCGUGAGGUCCAAUCGUCGGCCAGGGGCUAUUACAGCAUGUCGGAGACGCACGGCCGCCGCAACUGUGGAGCUGAAACGGAGUCCAACGCCACCCAUCUGAUCCUCCACUACCAGGUCGUGGUGGGAAAUCGGACGGCGGUCAUCGAGAGGACCUACUUCGUGAUCAAGUUUUCGUGCGUGUAUCCGCGCGAGGAGCGCACCCAAGCGGACAUCCCGAUGGAGAGCCGGCUCUUGACGUUCGCCAUCCCGGAGAUGCAGGGCGUGCUCCAGGUCCUCAUGGCGCUCUACAAGUCCGACAGCUUCACGGCGGACCAGCAGCUGGUGGGCUCGCCCGUGCUGACUGCGUUCCAGCGCGUCUACGUGCGCGUCCACCUCGCCAUGUCUCGCGACCACAACCCCGUCAACGUCAGCGGCUACUUCGGCCUCCUCGCGGUCAACUGCUGGUCGACUCCGAGCAACAACGAGUCGGACCACCUCAGUCACAAGAUUAUAAACGAUGGGUGUCUCGCGGACCAAACGGCCUACUUCCACCGAGGCAACGGGAAUGACACCUCCGUGGAUUUCAGCUUCCAAAUGUUCAAGUUCAUCGGCAUGGAGUACUCGUACAUCUACAUGCAUUGUGCCGUGCGCGUCUGCUACACCAGCAACCGCAUGGCGUGCGUCCCGGGAUGUCAAGGUGGCAGGGUCAAGCGACACUCGAAGACUGACCUCUACGAGGGCGUGCUGUCCAUUGGACCCAUGAAAAUCGUGGACGACGAGACUGAGGACUUGCUGCGCACCUCCAUAAACGGUCUUCCCAUGCCCGUCGUGAUCCCGGUGUUCAUCAUCACCGCUAUCGGCGGCGCGCUCGCGGCCCUGUGCUGCUUCACCCUUUCCCGGCACGGCUGGAGGCUCGGGUGGAGCGCGGACAAGGAGAUUGCAGGGGGGGUGAUGCCGCCGGCACCCUGCCACGAGGUCCCCAGCAGCAGCCCCGUCAUCGGCGUCUCGCCGAAUCAGCGCUGCUCCACCGCAGGACUGCUGCCCGAUAUAUUCAAAGGCGGUCGCCGCACGUGUGUGAUUUCGUGAUCUGAUGCACGCAGUUUUUCCACCCGAGAUGCGCUUUUGUUGAAGUUGUGCUGGAGCUACAUGAUGCGUUUUUUUGGUUGUACUGUGGCGAUUGGCACGAUGUUCGUGGCGCUCCCACGUGCUUGGGUGGGAGGGGGGGUAAACAAACUCUCAGCGCGUCCUGACGGUUCGCACCACACGCGCGCUUGGGAGCCUUUUUUUUUCUUUCAACAACCGAAUUCGGAGAGGCCCCAGCGCAGGGCACGUGGACCGUGACGCCACAGGGCCUGUGCAGAGCGCUGCUCGCGUUUCACAACCUGAGAAAAUAUCGCAGUUAUUAUGCACAGUUCAAAUUUUUGAAAAGAUUCCUUGUGUAACUUUUGUACCUUUUUUUAAUAUCUACGCAGUCGCAUUAUUUAACCAAAUUAUGCAAUGCGUGUACAGUGGUAACAUUUAUCUUGAUAUUUAACUUGUUAUCUGGGUACACUAACGUGGGGGGAGGGGGGUGCCAGCCUGUCCUGUGCGUACUCCUGCUGGGUGGGGAUGCCUAUAGAGUGAUUGAUUGAUAUAUAAUGGGGCAAUGACUUUAGACAAAGCCAGAUUUCGUAGAGUCUGAAAAAUACUUGGGUGGGGGGAGGUUGUACCUUUGAUACCGAGACGCUCCAAAUCAUAGGCGCUCCUUAUGAGUGCAACUCGGGUCGAGCUAUCGACGCAUUACCACGUGUUUUUUGAAAGCCGGUUCCCUCCAUCCCCCACCACUUUGAGCUAUUGUUUAAACGGGAGGAGUCUCUCGUGGGGGUGGGUGGAGGGUGGGGGAAUGUACAAAAAUGCCGAGCGCUUGACCCUCGAAUGCUUCUGUAAGUCCGUUUUCACCCCCCCAAAAAAAAUAAAACGGCACCGCAAUGACGACGCUGUGGUUGUGUGGUUGUCGGCGCUCGCUGGCGUUG